CUCACUUGUCGUCAGUUGUUUUCAGACGCCUUUUCCUCGAGUCCUUGGCGUUCUGCGCUCAACACAGUAAAGGACCCUUCUCUUCAGUGSUUGGUCCCCGAKUUGAUUGAUUUACAGUUUGGUUCUAAAGCUACRACAACAGUCCGCAAGUACCAGUCAGGCUGGGCUCGAUGGCGUAAGUGGGCUCUCUCCAAAGAUGAUGUUCCAGUCAUUCCUGCUGAACCAUUGCAUGUGGCGCUGUUCUUGACGGAGUUGACGAGUAAUGCCCAAGAUAGAGGGCUUGGCGUCUCUAGUUUACAAGGCGUGGUGUACAGUAUUGCUUGGGCUCACAAGAUUGGUGGGUUUCAUACGCCCCCUACGGAUCAUCCAUUCGUACGGAAUACAUUGGAAGGAGCUAAGCGCUGUUUGGCUAGACCUGUCAUGCCGAAAGAGCCUGUGUCUUUGGAACUAUUGCAAGACAUUGCUGCUCAUUAUAAUUCCAAUAGUGAUUUUGCAGUUAUCCGUUUUCUAUUUAUAUUAUUAGUUGGUUACGCUGGUUUUCUUCGCGCAGACGAAUUGCUAAACAUGAGUAUUUCUGAUAUCACUAUUUCUCCUGAGCAUAUGCAAAUCAUAGUCCCUAAGAGAAAAAAUGAUCAGUUUAGAGAGGGGCAUUCCUUGUACCUUAAUAGAUCGGGCAAGGUAACCUGUCCCGUAGCUAUCGCCAAAAAACUGUUAGCUCUUUUACCAAAGAAUGACGCUAGUUUGCCUGUAAUUCGAAGAAUAGUUAAAUCCAAUUCUAAACAGAGGUUCCAUGACAAAAAAGGCGUCUCAUAUACUACUAUAAAAGAUGACUUUAAGAAAUUUCUGAAACCUUUUGUCUCGGACAUUAAAGCGUAUGGCCUCCACAGUAUUAAAUCUGGAGCUGCAUCUAAUCCUGGUUGUAGGUCCCUUAACGAUAGUCUACUAGACAGGCACGCUGGAUGGAAAAGUUCGGCUUCGAAGCAUAGAUAUAUUAAGUAUUCAUCAUCUGAUUUACUUCAAGUAACCAACAGUUUAGGAAUUUAAUAGAAUCUUUCGCUGGGGAAGAUGACAACGUGCCUUGGCCCCAGUCCAGAUUUCCUCCCAUGUGGGGKUUUUUUCUGGCCUCCCUGGCACCUGUUUCGUUUUCAUAGAGCAUUGUAAUGAACAGUAGUUCAAAAACGAAAUGUAAUUCAAGUGUUAUACUAUAUAUUACUGUGUGUAUAUAUAUAUUACUGUYGCUUACUCGACUAAUAUACCAACAUUCUCAAUGCA